GGAGGGAGGGAAAAGCCUGGUGGACCCAGGUGGGUGGCCCUCCAGUCCACCCAGUUAAGGGACUGCCCUCUGCCUUCUUCCCCUCCCCCUUCACCUGGCUUUUAAGGGGCCGGGCCCAGACUUCUGAGUCUUAAAGAGGAGCAGCGGCCCACAGCAGCUGCACUAGAUUCUCUGGAAGGAGUGCACAGGGCAAAAACUCUGACCAUGACCUGGGACGGGCUACCCACGCAGCCGCUGCUGAUGUUGCUAACGCUGUUGUUCGCUGCGGGCUCAAGGUCCGCCUUAGCGGAGUGCCCCGGCUGUGGGCCAGGGGUGCAGACUGGCUGUCGCGGGGGCUGUGUGGGGGAGGAAGACGCGGGGUCGCCUACAGAUGGCUGUACAGAAGCUGGAGGCUGUCUCAGGAGAGAGGGGCAACCGUGCGGGGUCUACAUCCCUAAGUGCGCCCCAGGUCUGCAGUGCCAACCCCGAGAGAACGAAGAGACACCUUUACGGGCACUGCUGAUCGGCCAGGGCCGCUGUCAACGCGCCAGAGGGCCGUCGGAGGAGACUACAAAGGAGAGCAAACCCCAUGGAGGUGGAUCCCGCCAACGUGACACGAGCCACAGAGACCGGCAGAAGAAUCCACGGACCUCUGUGGCCCCUAUAAGGCCCAAUCCUGUUCAAGAUAGUGAGAUGGGCCCCUGCCGCAGACACUUGGAUUCAGUACUGCAGCAGCUCCAGACUGAGGUAUUCCGAGAGGGAGCCCGCGGGCUCUAUGUGCCAAACUGUGACCUCAGAGGCUUCUACCGAAAGCAGCAGUGCCGUUCCUCGCAGGGGAAUCGCCGUGGUCCCUGCUGGUGUGUGGACCCAAUGGGCCAGCCUUUGCCAGUGUCUCCAGAUGGCCAAGGAAACUCUCAGUGCUCUGCCAGGAGCAGUGGGUGAAGCCCAGCGGGAGCCUCAAAGACACCGGCAGGAACACAGGGCUGUCAUCUGAGCUACAUGUAAAGUGAUGAAUAUCUGUGCCCCAAGACCCACCUUCAGGCCCCGCCCCAUUGUCCCUGUCACCCUUGGGCCAUUACACAGCUACUUAGAAAGAUUGUUGUUCAUUACCCUGGUGUACUCAGUGCUGUAUGUGUUACUGUUCUGUGUUGCUGUUUUAUGCCUUCAUAUUCAUCUUAGCAAAAUAUGGAAAUCUGUAAAGGAAAAAAAAAACCCUAUGAUCUUUAAAAACAAAACACCUCCUGCCCUUCCGCGCAGGGGCCAUGCUAAUCUUCUCUGUAUCGUUCCAACUUUAGUAUAUGUGCUGCCGAAGCGAGCACGCCCCUCCCCUUCUGUAGCAGGAAACAAAUUGCUUGUUCUUGAGAAGUUUCCCGUCAGGAAUUUAGUAGAAGCAGGUAUACUUCUAUCUUUUGUUACCGUUUCCAAACAAUGUACUUUGAAUCAGAAUCACUCCUUACUUUUCAUAUACUUCCAAUGUUCUCCACCACAUUAGUGAUCAGAAGUGAGGUGUAACUCCCCAGCCCCUGCCCGCAAGAGCUAAGUAGGAUCUGACUGUAAGUUGAAGGAAGUCCUGCCCUAACUCAUAGAUUUCGAAGAAUGAACUGCUGUUGGGUCUGAUUGACUGUUGAUGUAUUGUGGUGUGGCGUAUUCAGAGACUAUUGAAUGCAACUUACAAUGCUUAAUAAAAACUUUGUUCUUUUAGUAUAAAAAGAUAAAGAAAGGAAGAAAGAAAGAAAGGAAGAAAGAAAGGAAGAAAGGAAGGAAGGAAGGAAGGAAGGAAGGAAGGAAGAAAGAAAGAAAGAAAGAAAGAAAGAAAGAAAGAAAGGUUGUUGUUGGCUGUGCUAAUAAAGCCGCAUUGGGGGAAGCUUA